GAUUCCAAAGGCUUGGCAUCAAGUAACUUUAUAUUCUUUAUACUCAACAACAAGUUCUCUUUCAAUAUUGUUUAUAACAAACUUAAGCAAAUUUGUAUUUGAUUCAUGUUAAACUACCUAUCCGUGUUACAAAAAUAAUGUUCAUAGAGAUGUUUCAGCUAUUGUUCACGAUCGUGGCGGUUGAAGCCGCCCUGAUCUUAACACUCGGGUUUGGGACUCCAGUAAGAAGAGUGGUGGUGAAAUUGCUUGACCUGCUGAAGCAAGGCCGAGGACCACUGGUUACAAAGACGGUUGCAGCCACUAUGCUUGUGUUGUUUGGAUCGGUUCUGUUCAGCACGAUUCAGAUCAACACAAGAGUCUCCGAGUCUGGUGGUGUAGCUAACCCGACUGAUCAAGUCAUGUUUGCGAAUCGCCUCCUCGAAUCUUUCCUCAUGGGGACUGUGUUGUUCUUGGCAUUGGUGAUGGACAGAAUGCAUUACUACACAAGAGAGCUUCAAAUCACAAGAAGAAACUUGGAGGUUGCAGUAAAGAAGACCAAAACAGCUGCUUAAUGCAAACAAAUUGAGAUCUAGAAUUCAACUAUAAAUUUGUAAAUAAUUAUCAAAAUUGAUUUGAAUUUCAAAUCACACAUGUACAUCUCUAUAAAACCCAUAUCGAUAAACUCAAUUAUGUAUCUGAUCCGAUCUAUCAACGCAUUCGAACUGA